UCCGCUCAGAGCAUCAACCCUUCCUCUUUUCCCUGCGCUUCACGACAAAGUGCAUGGUGCUGGGUCUGAAGUUGGACCCGCUUGGGCAAUGAGCAGCGAUGGUGUCUGUCUACUUUCUCCUGUCCCAGCUCUGCAAGGGUGGAAAGAUUUGUAAGACUCCAGGGCCUUCAAGCUGUGAGUAAUCAGAUGGUUCCUGAAAUGACUGGGAAAGCAGACGCAUUAUGCGCCAGUUGAAGAGUGUAUGUCUGUGUACAUAUAAAACCUCUCUAUGCACACACACACUUAUACAAGAAGACAGGCUCGUUCUGGUGCACACCUGAAGCAUUUUACAACUGAUGAAAAUUCAUUUAAGGAUCAGAUGGAGCAACUUGACACCACUGGGCUCAGGAGCCCAGGGAGAAAAGUACAUCACUAAUGGCCAAGUUUCCAUGUGGUCUUCACGGGUAAAGAAAGUUUGCAAAAAGAAGAAAAAAAAAACUUGCACAGAUCAAUCCUCAAAAAUACCUCUCCAGUUUAAAGGAGCUAAGUGAGACAGUGACUGAGGGAGAAGUGUGAUUUCACACAUUGUAGGUGGAAUCAGGCAGUGUUUUUUGCACUUUAUUUUUCAGCGGAUUUGGUGAUUUAGACAGACUUUAAAAUUCUGGGCUGACAAGUAACUCUUACUGUGAGAUUAUGACUGGAGGAAGGCCAGUUCACUUUUGAUGGGACAAGCUAGAACAAUGAACCGGUUCCUUUGCCUUUUUCAGUUGACUGUACUCAAGAAAUUUUAAUUUAUUACUUCCCUUUCCUUUUCUGUAUAGGAUAAUAUCUUAGGUAGCAAUUGAAACCAAUAAUUACAAAACAUCGAGGAACAUCCAAGCAAAGCUUCUUUUCAUUGUUCCAUGUGGCGUUUAGAAACAUCCUCCGAAUGUGAACGGGAAAGGGCCCAUCAGCAAAACGUGAGGAAGAACCCAGCCUGUGCUUGUGUUUUCAUUUUAAGGGAUUCUCUUUUUUGUUGAGUUUUCUGUUGAAGACUUGCUUUUAUAAGGGGAGGAUUACUUGAUGGACUUAAUUCUAAGAUUAGCUUUUAUUUCCUUAAAGAUGAAAAAAUGUGUGAUUUUUAGAAGCAGAAAGGAGAGAAGUUAGGGUCCAGGAGGGAGGAAGAGGAAGGAGACAGACAAAAGAGACGAAAUCCUGCAGCGAGGCUUCAUUUUGUCAGCAAGAGAAUUUGGGAUUCACCUGAGGUGAACACUGGAUGGUUUUCGGGGCCCUAGAACGCUUUGGCGGUGCAGAGUGACGACCAUCUCUCCACACCUCCGUGGCGCUAAAGGUGCCGUGGGCCAGUUGGGGGGCAGCCAGAUAGAGCCCCGUGCUCCCUGGGACACAGUGACCUGCCAGGAGACCUGGUUGGGCUCUGAGGUGGGGCGUUUUGGGUUCUGAAUAGCAGGAAGGUGUUUUCUUCCUAAGUUUGGAUGACUGCACAAACUCUGGUGGUUUUGCACGGUUUGUGUGCCUUUUUUUCACUUUAUGCAAUCUUUUUCAGCUUUAGCAGCAGAAAAUUGUCUAGUUGAGAAAGCAUGCGAGAGGAUGGCUUCAGAAAGAGGAUGAUCCCGUGUUCUGUUUCUGCAUCUGAACUUUCGGAGAGAAAAUUCCAGCUCGAGGGAUUCUUAAAGCCUUAAGUUACUUGAAAUCUAUGUAUUUGCAACCCUUGGUCUCUGGAAUCAUAUCACACUAAACUGGAAUCUCAGGCUGAAUGAGAAUAACCAAGUUGAGUAAAAGGAAGAAAACUCAGUUUCUUGAUCAUCACGUAUUAACGACGCUCUUUCUCCAAAGGGUCAGCCCACUCUUCCUCUAAGAACUUGAAAAUAAAGUGGACCCCACGUUUUUUUAAGCAUUAUCUUUUCUUAGCAGACUGCCAUCAUCUUUUAUAGAGGAAUUUUUUCACUAUGCAUUUGGUGGAUCUUUAUAAAAUACUGGCCUAAAAUACUGAUCCAGGUCAAUCUUAAUUAAAGGAGUCAGGCAGAUCAACACAAGCCAACCACAAAAAUAGAAUAAAUCGAUGAAAGUAAUUGGUUUAAAUUUUUUGGCAUUCAGCAUUACUUUUUAAGUAAAAUCGUUCACUGAAAGAAAUUAUGUAUGCAGCGGUGGAACAGGGGCCUGUCCUUUGCAGCGACUCUAAUAUCCUCUGCCUGUCCUGGAAGGGGCGCGUCCCCAAGAGCGAGAAGGAGAAGCCUGUGUGCAGGAGGCGCUACUACGAGGAGGGCUGGCUGGCCACGGGCAAUGGCCGUGGCGUCGUAGGCGUGACCUUCACCUCAAGCCACUGCCGCCGGGACAGGAACACUCCACAGAGAAUUAACUUCAACCUGCGGGGCCACAAUAGUGAGGUUGUGCUGGUGAGGUGGAAUGAGCCGUACCAGAAGCUGGCCACGUGUGACGCGGAUGGAGGGAUAUUUGUGUGGAUUCAAUAUGAAGGACGGUGGUCCGUGGAACUGGUCAAUGACCGAGGGGCUCAGGUGAGUGAUUUCACUUGGAGCCAUGAUGGGACUCAAGCGCUUAUCUCAUAUCGAGAUGGAUUUGUCCUGGUCGGUUCUGUCAGUGGACAAAGACACUGGUCAUCUGAGAUCAACUUGGAAAGUCAGAUCACAUGUGGCAUAUGGACUCCUGAUGACCAGCAGGUGCUUUUCGGCACGGCCGACGGGCAGGUGAUCGUCAUGGACUGCCAUGGCAGGAUGCUGGCCCAUGUCCUCCUGCACGAGUCUGACGGCAUCCUGGGCAUGUCCUGGAACUACCCCGCCUUCCUGGUGGAGGACAGCAGCGAGAGCGACACAGACUCCGAUGACUACUCCCCGCCCCAAGAUGGUCCAGCAGCGUAUCCAAUCCCAGUGCAGAACAUCAAACCGCUGCUCACCGUCAGCUUCACUUCGGGGGACAUCAGCUUAAUGAACAAUUAUGAUGACUUGUCUCCUACUGUUAUCCACUCAGGACUGAAAGAGGUGGUGGCCCAGUGGUGCACGCAGGGAGACCUCCUGGCAGUUGCUGGUAUGGAACGGCAGACCCAGCUUGGCGACCUUCCCAACGGCCCUCUCCUGAAGAGCGCCAUGGUCAAGUUCUACAACGUCCGUGGGGAGCACAUCUUCACACUGGACACGCUUGUGCAGCGCCCCAUCAUCUCCAUCUGCUGGGGCCACCGGGACUCCAGGCUGCUGAUGGCGUCAGGGCCAGCCCUGUACGUGGUACGUGUGGAGCACCGGGUGUCCAGCCUGCAGCUGCUGUGCCAGCAGGCCAUCGCCAGCGCCCUGCGAGAAGACAAGGAUGUCAGCAAGUUGGCCCUGCCCCCCCGCCUCUGCUCCUACCUCUCCACUGCCUUCAUCCCUACCAUCAAGCCCCCGAUUCCAGAUCCCAACAACAUGCGGGACUUUGUCAGCUACCCUUCGGCUGGCAACGAGCGCCUGCACUGCACCAUGAAGCGCACGGAGGACGACCCAGAGGUCGGCGGCCCAUGCUACACCCUCUACCUGGAGUACCUGGGUGGGCUGGUGCCCAUCCUCAAGGGACGGCGCAUCAGCAAGCUGCGGCCGGAGUUUGUCAUCAUGGACCCCCGAACGGAUAGCAAAUCAGAUGAAAUCUAUGGGAACAGCUUGAUUUCUACUGUGGUCGACAGCUGCAACUGCUCGGACUCCAGUGACAUCGAACUGAGUGAUGAUUGGGCUGCCAAGAAAUCUCCCAAAGUCUCCCAGGCGAGCAAAUCACCCAAACUCCCACGGAUCAACCUUGAGGCUCGGAAGUCUCCCAAGCUGUCCCGGGCUGCUCAGGAGAUGUCCAGGUCCCCGCGGUUGCCCAUGCGCAAGCCCUCCAUCGGCUCGCCCAGCCUGACCCGAAGAGAGUGUCCCUUUGAAGACAUCACUCAGCACAACUAUCUUGCUCAGGUUACGUCUAAUAUCUGGGGAACCAAAUUUAAGAUCGUGGGCUUGGCGCCUUUCCUGCCAACCAACCUCGGUGCAGUAAUCUAUAAAACCAGCCUCCUGCAUCUCCAGCCGCGGCAGAUGACCAUCUAUCUCCCAGAGGUUCGGAAGGUUUCCAUGGACUACGUGAGCUUACCUGUCUUCAACCCGAAUGUGUUCAGUGAGGAUGAAGAUGAUUUACCAGGGACGGGAGCCUCUGGCGUGCCUGAGAACAACCCGCCUUGUACCGUGAACAUCCCCAUUGCGCCCAUCCACAGCUCGGCGCAAGCCAUGUCGCCCACACAGAGCAUCGGGCUGGUGCAGUCCCUGCUGGCCAAUCAGAACGUGCAGCUGGACGUCCUGACCAAUCAGACCACAGCCGUGGGGGCAGCUGAGCAUGCAAGUGAGAGUGCCAGCCAGUACCCGGUCUCUAGUCGCUACUCCAGCCCUGGACAGGUGAUCUUCGGUGGCGUGGAGAUGGGCCGUCUGGUCCCGAACCCCCCGCAGCUGCCGCUGCCACCGCCGCCCCCCACACAGGGGGCGGUCCAGCUGUCGGUGGUGGAGCUCGGAGACCGCGAACAUGAGCACCUGCCCAAGCCCACCAAGGCUCUGCGGCCGGCACAGCUGACUGCCGAGGGGGACGCUGUGGUAUUCGGCGCCCCCCAGGAGGUCCAGGUGGCCAAGUUGAACCCCCCACCUCCUUACCCAGGAACCAUUCCCGCCGCGCCCACCACCGCAGCGCCGCCACCCCCGCAGCCCCCCGUGGAUGUGUGCUUGAAGAAGGGCGACUUCUCACUGCACCCUACCGCGGUGCAUUACCAGCCACCCCUGGGCUACGAGAGGAUCACCACCUUCGACAGCAGCGGCAACGUGGAGGAGGUGUGCCGGCCCCGGACACGGAUGCUGUGCUCCCAGAACACCUACACGCUCCCUGGCCCGGGCAGCUCGGCCACCUUGAGGCUCACUGCCACCGAGAAGAAGGUGCCCCAGCCGUGCACCAGCGCAACCCUGAACCGCCUGACGGUCCCCCGUUACUCCAUCCCCGCUGGAGACCCGCCCCCCUAUCCUGACCUGUCCGGCCCACUUGCCCCAGGCCGGAUGGCGGCACAGCGGCUGGACAGCGGGCUCAUUCACGCCACGCUGCGGAGGAAUAACCGCGAGGCGGUGCUCAGAGCUGCAGUACCAGCUGAGCCCCUGCGGGCCCCGCCGCAGCACCCGGCCUUGCAGCACCCGGCCAAGCCCAAGGGCGCAGCGCAGUUCCCUGCGCGGCCGCAGGCUGCCCUCUACACCUGCAGCCAGUGUAGUGGUGGAGGCGCAGCCGGCAGGCCGGAGCCAGGCCCGGGGGGAGCACAUGCAGUAGGCGCCUCCCCGCUGGCCUCGCAGUCGUCCUACAGCCUCCUGAGUCCACCCGACGGAGCCCGCGAGCGCACCGACUACGUCAACUCGGCCUUCACUGAGGACGAAGCGCUGGCCCAGCACUGUCCGGUAGAGAAGCCCUUGAGGCACCCCCUGAUGCCAGAAGCUGCUGUGGCUGUGAAAAGGCCACCUCCUUACCAGUGGGACGCUGUGCUGGGGGAAGACAUUUGGGUGCCUCAGGAAAGGACAGCGCAGACUGGAGUGCUGAACCCCCUGAAACUGCCCCCUCUGGUGGUAGGUCAGAGCCAGCACCUGGAUGUGUCCCGAGUGCCCUUUGUCUCUCCUAAGUCUCCCACCAGCCCUACUGCCACUUUCCAAACAGGCUAUGGGAUGGGAGUGCCAUAUCCAGGAAGCUAUAACAACCCUCCUUUGCCAGGAGUGCAGGCUCCGUGCUCCCCAAAAGGCACCCUGUCACCAACACAGUUUGCACAACAGGAGUCUGCUAUGGUCCUGCAGCCGGCCUACCCGCCCAGCCUGUCCUACUGCACCUUGCCCCCCAUGUAUCCUGGAAGCAGCGCGUGCUCAAGUUUACAGCUGCCACCCAUCGCCUUGCACCCCUGGAAUUCCUACAGCGCGUGCCCACCCAUGCCAAACCCCCAGGGCCCUCUCCCGCCCAAGGCACACUUGGUUGUGGAGAAGCCCCUCGUGUCCCCACCACCCUCUGACCUCCAAAGCCACCUGGGUACAGAGGUGAUGGUAGAGACCGCAGACAACUUCCAGGAGGUUCUGUCUCUGACGGAAAGCCCAGUUCCCCAGCGGACAGAGAAGUUCGGAAAGAAGAACCGGAAGCGCCUGGACAGCCGGGCAGAGGAAGGAAACGUUCAGGCCAUCACUGAGGGCAAGGUAAAGAAGGAGACUCGGACUUUGAGUGACUUUAAUUCCCUGAUCUCCAGCCCCCGCCUGGGGAGAGAGAAAAAGAAAGUGAAGAGUCAGAAAGACCAGCUGAAGUCGAAGAAGCUGAACAAGACGAAUGAGUUCCAGGACAGCUCAGAGAGUGAGCCCGAGCUGUUCAUCAGCGGGGAUGAGCUGAUGAACCAGAGCCAGGGCAGCAAGAAGGGCUGGAAGAGCAAGAGAAGCCUGAGGGCAGCCAGCGAGAUGGAGGAGUUCAAGUGCCGGAAAGCCAGCGAGAGGGAGGACGGGCGGCUGGGCAGCCAGGGCUUCGUGUAUGUCAUGGCCAACAAGCAGCCUCUCUGGAAUGAAGCCACCCAGGUAUACCAGCUGGACUUCGGGGGACGUGUGACCCAGGAGUCGGCCAAGAACUUCCAGAUCGAGCUGGAGGGGCGGCAGGUGAUGCAGUUUGGAAGGAUCGACGGUAACGCGUACAUCCUGGACUUCCAGUACCCCUUCUCCGCCGUGCAGGCCUUUGCGGUUGCCCUGGCCAACGUCACCCAGCGCCUCAAAUGAAGAGACUGGCUGGGGGAGCAGGAAUUAAUAAAGGACCCUUUUCAGAGAGGCCUGAUUGCAGGCAGAGGCUAGAGGGGCCUGCCUGGGGCCUGGGUGUCUGGGGGACCAGAAGACAAAGCAAACUGGAAAAUGUCAGGCCCGAGAGAGGGCCCUGAUCUUUAGCAUUGUCAUUCGUUUGGGCUUUUAUUAUUCUUUAUUGUCUGUCUUCUUUCUUUUUAAUCAAACAAAAUAAAAUAGAGGAGAGUGGUAUGUGGGAGCCAAGGUGCCAGGCACCUGGUGUUUUUUUAGAAGCCUAGUUGCUUGUGGUAACUUCCACUGGGUUUGCUUCUGUCAGCUGGGGACAAGGGGCCCUUCAGCAAGAAGACAGGCUGCCUUACUCAUAGCCUGCUAUUCCUUUAGACAUAGGAUGUGCAUUCUUUUUGUUCUCCACAACAUCACUAGUGUAGAAACAAAAAACUUUUUUAAAAAACAACCAAAAAUUCUGAAGGUACAGGUUCUUUUGGGGGGCAACGUGAUUCACACAUAUUAUGUCACUCUCCCACAGGUGACGUGGUUAAUGAAGGUAUUUUGGCAAACGCACUGUUUGACUAAUAAAAAAUAGGCUUUUUAUGGGGGUGCUCUUACCAGGUAUGAACACGAUGUGCUCCUGAUGAUGAGGGGGAAGGGAUGGCAGGUGAGGAGGAAACUCCUGCGCGUGCACACAUGGGCGAUUUACGUAGGGUGGCUUGAAAUCGUUCAAGGGCUAUGCUCCUCUCUGGAGGAUGUUUACAUUGAAGACUCCACUAGUUUUAUAACAUGUCAAAAUUCCAUAGGUUUAGUGCGUCUGACUGGAGAUGGUAGGAGACAGACGUGGACCGGUCCCAGCAUGUGGCGGAGGCAGCGGUUUUCUCAAUGAGAGCCAUGGCGAGUCACUGGGUGCCCGCUUGCUGACAAGUAAUGUUUAUUCCCUCUUCCCCUUUAUCAUUGAAUCUGGAAAUGCGACUAUAAACAUUAUCCUUCCCAUCGGACAGCACUGUACUACACUUCUUCUGAAAACUCUGACGAUACUGAUGUGAAGCACUCUUUCUUCUCAGCUACAUUAAAAUUCAAUUGACCAGAAAUGUUUUUCAACAGAUUAGAAAUGUAAGCAAAAAAAUCUUAAGCAUUUGCCAGGGUAUGAAGAGAGAGAGCUACAUUCAACCCUUCCACAGAAGUCCCAUAAUCUUCCCUAGGAAAAAAGUUGCUUAUUAACUGUGUAGACUGUUUACCAAGGAGAUGAACCACUGGGACAGCAAGGUUAAAAUUAGAGUAUAUAAAGCAGUUGGCUGACAACUGUUAAUUGCAAAAAAUCCGCUGAGAUUAUCUUCUCCCACCUCACUCCGUCCUCAGGGGACACCUUGGGUGGCGUUCAGCCCUGGUGGCAAGACUAGCUUAUUGUUUUUGGUCAUCGGUGUCUGUGAUGUUGUUUAGGGCAGGAGCACAAGAACUAUCCUAAAUUUGGGUUUUGUUUGAAAACAAGUGGACAAUACUACAGAAAAUCAUUUUUUAAAAAAUUUUCUAAUUCCCUGCUUUGACUUUAAAAUACUUUUUAAAUUUCCUGUUUUGGUUGAAAAAUUAGAGAAGAAAUUAUCUCAUCUCUUUCCCAGAGCAGGAUGCUAUCCGUCACCCUCCACUCUCUCCAGCCUCCAAAGAAACACAGAUGAGGUUUUUAAAUAGGGUGAGGACAUCGCCCAGCUGGUGCCAGAGCUUCCCAUCUUACAUUUCAAAGUAGUGAACCUGAUUCUUUGGUGGGUAAAUUCUUCCAAAAAGAAUGUAGCAGUGUAUUCAGAUUUAAGUAAUUCUUUUAUGUGAGUUUUUAUAGUUUGAAAUGAUGUUUCAGUGGUUACUAUUAGUUGUGCAAUAUGGUUAUAGCCUAAUUCUAAAAUAAUUUAAAUGCAAUUCUCUGUUUUAUUGUCCAAGAGAAAAUUAUUUAUCUUGCUUUAAUAGUGUUCUUAGGAAUUCCUCUGUUACUGUGUACUGGUGAGUUAUGCCCAUAUUAUUAUUUAUUUAGAAAAAUAGUUUCCUUGUAACAACUUAUUUGGUAGUAGUAUAUUUUGCUGUAAGAAAUAAAGAGGCUAUGAUAGGGUUUUUUGUUUUAUUUUUUCCUGGAUUGAUUGUAA